AUGUGUACUACUUAUUUCUCUACCUACAGCAACUGCGAUCACCGUCCUUUCAGGCGCACGAGAUGUCCCCUCUAUAACCAAAAUCCUCGAGCUUGUACUCGCAAAGUCGAAGUUCUUACAGAUGAAGGCCUCCUCUGUCCAAAGUGUUUCGAUGAAGUCGUCUGGGUUCGAUCCAAGGGUGAAUGGGAUAUCGUAGAAACACCAGAUGGUGAUCUUGCGCAAGAUGAUUGGGUAGAGGUUGUGCGAGUGGGAUAUGAUUGGAGAGAGGAAAGUGAAAAGAAAAAUGCAAAGCCUCGUGUCAAGCGAGAUAAAGCACUUGGUCCCUUUGAAUUCAACGGUACCAAGCCAAAAUUCAAGGCAACAACCGAGAAAUCGAAUCCGCAAUGGGAAGAGACUCUACGAGAGCAUGCGCCCCCUCUGGCGGCGCGCUCAGAUGAAGUAAAGCCAGACUCCCAAAAGCUAUCCAAUAGUACACAAGGUUUACCCAAGUUUUCAAAAUGGUCCAACGAAUAA